AUGUCGCUUGAUGCUAUUAAGAAGAAGGUAAUGUCCAAUGUAGCCGGUGAGCUGCGGGUUGAAGUCAAUCAAAGGCACUUGAUUGAUAAAAUGCUGGCACGAUAUUCGUCCGAAUUCGUGUUGUACCGAGAAUUAAUGCAAAACGCAGGUUCGAAUCUUUUCUGCAAGCAGUUACUGAUUUUUCGUAAAUUAACAAAAAUUCUAUUAAAAGAUGAUGCAAAAGCCUCAAGUGUCAAGAUCUCAUUUGAGUGCACGAAGUCCCGAAUUAUAACGAAGAAAAAGUGCGAAAGAAUAGUCAUCAUGAACGACGGGAUGGCUUUUCGAUCGCAAGAUUGGAGUCGGUUAAAGAAGAUUGCAGAGGGUAACCCAGAUGAACAAAAGAUUGGUGCUUUCGGCGUUGGAUUUUAUUCGUUGUUUUCGGUUUGCGAAGAGCCAUUUGUGUCUUCCGGUGGGCAGGCUAUGGCGUUUUAUUGGCGCGGUGAUCAGUUAUUUGCGAAUCAUGAUUCGUCAGUUUCGGACGGCCCAAAGUGGACUACAUUUUUAAUGGACUUACGGGAACCUCUAGAGGUACCCGAAUUAAAUAAAUUCAGUUGUUUCCUGGCAAACUCUUUAGGAUUUACAGUGAACCUUCGCGAGAUUUUGGUGUGUUGUAAUGACCAGGUCAUGAUUCACCUUACAAAGCAAAUGGGCAACACGCGUCCAGUGGACAUCCAUCCUAAAAUAAACAAGAAUUCUCCGCUAAAUAUGUUCAAAUUUAAAUCGGUUGAUAUGUGUAGCGUAUUAUUCAGCAUAUGUAGGGUAAUUCUUCCAGCAGGUACAUCACCAUUCAAGUCACUUAGAAAUUGCCGUGUAGAAGAAGAUUCCAUACUUCUUCAAAUGGUCAGUGGUUAUCUGGAUGUCAAUAUUAAGAAAGAGUUUUCAGCAGAGAUGGAGCGUAUAACCAAGAAAAAACCUCCGAGUCAAACCAAGAUACAAAUGAUCUUCUCUAGGUAUGAUGAUAUCCCCAAACGCGAGAUUUCCUAUGCCUUCAACGAUCUUCUGCAACAUUCCGAACAAGGAAAAGUUUUUAUCGGUUUUCGUACGCACCAAACAACUGGAUGCUUGGCACAUUUGGCGGCAAGAGUCAUUCCAACUGUCGAACGCGAAUCAAUAGAUUUAGCAGAGAAAACGCUAGCCGUGUAUAAUGGCGAACUGCUAAGUUUGUCCGGUACAAUGUUUCGUAUAUUAUACGAACAUGAGAUGAACCAAAUAAAAAAGUCGUAUAGUGAAAGUAAGUUAGGCCGAGAAUUACUUGAAAGACAAGCGGCACAUAUCCUCUCACAUUUUACCUUUAGACAAAGUACACCGGAUUUUAAAGUAGGAUCGAUAAUUGAAACGCAUUUUUUAAAUUGUUGUUCGUCAAAAUUAUCCAUCUUAUCUACGCACGGUGUCAAACCGAUUGACGUGGUACGAUUACUCAGUCCUGAAAUGACCUUAUUUAUCAAAACGAUUCCAUCGGUCCCAAAAUUAGUGUUCGAUUAUUGUACAGAGUUUUUCGUGAGAGCAAAAGAUGUGACAAAACAAAUUUGCGAUGCCACCAUUGAGGAUGUAUUUUUAGAGUUAAGAAGUCGAAAUAUGGAUCAGGACGAGAUGGCGGAUCUAAUGCAAUGGUGGAUACUAUAUUUCACGGAUUGCGGAGACAAAGAAAUCACACCAUUUUUAAGUAAUUUUUUGCUGCUGGCAGCUGUACGUGUGGGAGAUAGUUUACUACCUCUUAAAAAUGUUCGUUACUACAUAAACCCAAGUAAAAUUCCACCAGAUGUAGAUCUUCCACCUAGCGUGCUGCCAUAUUCUAUCAGCAAAAAGAUUAAAUGCGAAGAACUCCAAAAAUUCUUUGGAAUGUGGACAGAAUUUACACUUGUUAUGUGGAUUCGAUAUAUAGCCGAAAAACCAGAACUGGAAAAGGAUCCUCUGUUUAACGAGAAAUUUUGGGGAAUUUUCUCACGACGAUUUCUUUCUAUAAGUCAAGAUGAAAAAAGUACAAUACGUCACCUUCUCGCUAAAAAAAAUAUUGUUCCUACCAAACUUGGAUUUAAAAGGCCAGCUGAAUCUUAUCUUUCUGAGGUGACUCUAUUCCCAGAUUUACCUACGGUUCUCAUGAAAAAUUAUUCCGUAAAGGUUUCUGAUAAGACUCUCAUAGAAUUAGGAGUACGCGAUCAUGUAGAAUUGCAACAUGUUUUUGAUCGACUUGUUAAUCAUGAGAAUCUAGAUCAUAUGCAGCUCAUAAAAUAUCUUACAAAACUGAUGAAGGAUAAGAAACUUGCGAAAACCGACAUUGAAAAGUUAAAGACAACAGAAAUCUGGAUAGCAGAGCAGCCACAAAAUGAUCCGGGUACUGAGUUUACAGUGAAUGUUGCAGAUAAAUCGCCGUCUAAUGUUCAAAGAUAUCGAGCGGAGAGUUUGUAUACUCCACAAACACAUAAUCGAGAACUCGGAUUGCCAAUAAUACAAUGGAAUAAGAAAUGGCAUAGCAAAAUGGACGAAGCUAAACCCACGGUGCAUGUAGCUAAAUUCCUUAUAGAUCUCGGUCUGAAUGAGCAUCCAUCCUUGAAUAACAUCCUUUGCCUUGCUUCACCAACAACGGCACUUUUAUUUCGUGAAAAAGCGCUCAAAUAUUUCGUGGAAAAUUUCAAGAAUAAAUAUUCUCAAUAUUAUGAUGCCAAUUCAGUUGAUUUUAAGUUCCUGCCUUGCAUGGAACAGGACGUUUAUGCAGAUCCAUCGGAAUGUUUUUCCAAUGCAGAAUGUAAUGUUAUGGGAUUCAAUGUUUUGCGCCAAGAUUUGCGCUUUCAAGCCGAAGAAUUGGGCAUUAAGCAGCAUCCGAGUGGAAAGCAACUAAUCGACAAGCUGUUGGAUCCACCGAAGAGCGUGAAUGAUGCCAGACCGAUUUUCAAUUAUCUAGCAUCACGGCAAGGUGAUUUCGAUCAUAGCGAUUGGAAAAAACUUGAAGCCCUCAAGUUCAUACCCAUUCAUAGUAAAGAGAAUUCUGAUGAAAUCACUCACAAAUCGCCACGAAAUUGCUUUUUCAAAAGUUCGGAAGAAAUGUUUUCCGAAUUUUUCCCUUGCAUCGACUUUGGAGAAAAGGCGAACAAAUUUUUAGAAGCAUGUGGCGCAAAAAAUAAACCAACGGCAACUCAUUAUGCAGAAUUCUUAGUCGAGUCAUCUCAGAUAUUUUGGAACAGAUUGAAAUGUACGAAUAAAGAUGAAAAAAUGUACGCAACGGUUCUUGAAAUUAUCUCUCGUAACUUGGAUAUGAUCUCAGAUGAGCCAGAAUUACUUGCUAAAAUGAAACGCCACCCGAUCCUGAUGUGUUCAACACAAUACGCUGGCAAUAAAACCAAAAAUUUUGAAUUGGACCUUGCGUCGAAUAUAUUUAUUAAUGACAAGGAGCAAUACAGGCAAAUUUUUAAUCCACCUAUUUGCCCAUUCGAUGACACAUAUGUUGUUUCACUUUACAAGAAAUUGGGAUGUAGAUCACUUAAUGAAGGUGUCGAGACAACUCCUCUAUUUGACGAAGAAUGGGCAGAAGAUUCCGUUCAUUCUGACGACUUACAUGAGAUAAUAUUAGAACGUCUGCCUUUAUACUAUCAUAGAUUCUCAGACGAAGAAAUUCAAAUGGACGAAGAUUGGUUAGAAAAGCUAGAGGUCAAAGAAAUUAACAAAAUUACUAUCGAAUAUACAUUUAAAGAUACAGUCAAACGUCAAUCAACCUAUGCCAGUUUCCAUCCCAAUAAUCGCUCUAAACUCUAUGUUGCCUGCAGAAAUGGGGAUUUGUAUUUUCCGGACAUUGCGCUGGCCUUGGUUGAACGUAUUCAUGAAAAAUCCCAAGUGGAUCCUUCACGUAUGCUUGUGAUGUUAACAUCUUCUCUAGAAGAUUUGCAAAGAAUGGGAUAUUCUAUUGACCGAGGAAUCAAGGGUACAAUGAAUAUAUCAAAUUUGGUCGAGAAAAGUAAAAAUUUGCCCGACGAAUCAGACGAUAAUAGUGUGAGCUUAUAUGACAACCUAUUCGAAGCGAUCAGAUCUUGCCGUUCAAAUUCUCAGGGCGCGAUCAAUGAACAAGCUCUUUUGAAUGUUGUUGAAUCGGGUAAUUCGGCAUAUUGUGAUAUUGUUCCAGCACAAUCUUUAGAAUACGUUGGAAAAGAAGGUAAAAUCGAAAUCUACGUUGCAAAGGGUGCUCCUAACAUCUUGGGAACAACGAUGAAUAAGCCCUUGAAAAGUUUUUCCUCUCUUCUAAUUGACAUCGCCAAUGUCUUUGGUCUCGAGCACAACAAAAUCCACAUAUUCUAUGAUAGAGAUUCAAUAGCGGUUGCCUUCAAUCGUCAGAAAACUUUGUUUUUUAGCUUGAAAACAUAUAUUGAAUUGCAUUACUCCGAAGGUUCAAACUCAUCAAUUGAAGCCAUGUCUUCUUGGUAUUUGACGAUGUGUCAUGAAUUAGCACACAAUUUCAUUCACGAACAUAGCGCUGGGCAUGAGAAAUAUUUGCAAGAAUUUGCAAAAGUAUUCAUGUCGAAUUUUAUAAGACAAAUAUUAUUCGUAAAUAGAGAAUGA